GACCACUGUAAAUCAACGUUCUAAUCGUGCAACUCUUCCACUUUCUUCCAUUAUUAUUUCAAAAACCCUCAUUUUUUUCCAUCUCUCCAACCUCUCUUCAUCGUCUACGUCUUCGUCUUCAUUCUCGCUCCAUUGUGUGCCCUAGAGCAAGAUCUGAUGGAAGGAUCAACGGGUCAACACCCAUCUCUGUUUUCCCCUUUCAAGUUGGGCCGCUUCCAGCUCUCCCACCGUGUGGUGCUGGCGCCGAUGACGAGAUGUAGAGCUUUGAAUGGGAUCCCGCAGCCGGCCAAUGUUAAGUAUUACGUCCAGCGUUCCACUCCUGGCGGGUUCCUCAUCACUGAGGGGACCUUGAUCUCCCCCACUGCUGCAGGGUUUCCACAUUGUCCUGGAAUAUACACUAAAGAACAAAUAGAUGCCUGGAAAAAGGUUGUGGAUGCUGUGCAUGCCAAGGGGAGUAUCAUCUUUUGUCAGCUGUGGCAUGUUGGCCGGGCGUCUAAUCAAGUGUACCAGCCUGGUGGAACUUCAGCUCCCAUUUCAUCAACAGACAAACCAAUAGGAGGGAGGUGGAGGAUACUGAUGCCCGGUGGGAGCUAUGGUAGCUACGCCCGACCUCGCCGCCUCGCCACAGCGGAGAUACCCGAGAUAGUGGAACAUUAUCGCCAGGCAGCCUUAAACGCCAUUGAAGCAGGCUUUGAUGGCAUUGAGAUCCAUGGAGCUCAUGGCUACUUAAUUGACCAAUUCCUCAAAGACGGCAUCAAUGACCGGUCAGAUGCUUAUGGCGGUCCGAUCUCAAAUCGAACCCGGUUCCUCUAUGAGAUAAUCCGGUCGGUUGCCUCGGCCAUUGGACCGGACCGGGUUGGAAUUCGAAUUUCACCAGCCAUUGAUCAUUUGGAAGCUUAUGACUCAGACCCAAUGGCACUCGGUCUAGCCGUAAUCGGUCGGCUCAACACUGUCCAGCAAGAGUUAGGCCAACGGCUUGCUUACCUUCAUGUGACCCAACCCAGGUACACUGCUUAUGGUCAGACCGAAUCAGGCCGGCAUGGGAGUGAGGAAGAGGAGGCCCACAUGAUGCGGACAUGGAGGAACGGCUAUGAUGGCACCUUCAUUUGCAGUGGAGGAUACACAAGAGAGCUUGGUGUGGAAGCGGUUUCACAAGGGGAUGCAGACCUGGUUUCAUACGGUCGGCUUUUUAUAUCGAACCCGGAUUUGGUGGACCGGUUCAGAGUGGAUGCUUCACUGAACCGGUACAUUCGAGCUACGUUUUAUACACAAGACCCAGUAGUGGGCUUCACUGACUACCCUUUCAUGGGCCAAGCCCGGUCUAAGCUUUAAGUAAGCUUUGGUUUAGUGUGCUAUUAUUAUUGGUAAAUAAUUGUGUGUAUUGUUUUGUGGACAAGCCAUUCUGGAGAGACUCUUCUAACUCUUAGAGAAGUUAAAUAUUAAUAAGUCUCCGUAGUUAAGGAUGCAUGUUGUGUUUAUUGAAAUCUUGGAAAUAGGAACUUUGUUGUACUAUAUAAGUAUGAAAAUUGCAUAUUUCUAUUUUUGGAGUUUUUA